GGCCUCCCAAGAGGAGAGUCUCCGUGGUCAGAGGGCGCAGUGUCGGGACAGGAAUAAAGACGGAGGUGACUCAGAUGCUUGGCUGAGGCGUUAGACCAGCAGCGAGGCCUUUCAGCCGGGACUCGGGGUGGGGGUGGGGCGAGGGAGGCGAGCCGGAAACAGAGAACUACAACUCCCAGGAGGCUUAGCGGCCGGGGCCCGGGGCCCUGGCCGUGGAAUCGGAUGGGGCGUGUCAUUUUGCGAGCCACUUUAACCUAGAGCUUUGCAAGGUUGGAAGUUCCGCGCCACGAGCCGGGGAGAAAUGGAGCUGGAGCAGAGAGAGGGGACCAUGGCAGCCGUGGGCUUUGAGGAGUUCUCAGCACCUCCCGGCUCGGAGCUGGCGCUGCCGCCGCUGUUCGGUGGUCACAUCCUGGAGAGCGAGCUUGAGACCGAAGUGGAGUUCGUGUCUGGGGGGCUGGGCAGCUCCAGCCUCCGGGAGCGAGACGAAGAGGAGGAGGCAGCCCGGGGCCGGCGGCGGCGCCAACGGGAACUCAAUCGCAGGAAGUACCAGGCGCUGGGUCGGCGCUGCAGGGAGAUCGAGCAGGUGAACGAGCGGGUCCUGAACAGGCUCCAUCAGGUACAGAGGAUAACGCGGAGACUCCAGCAGGAGCGGAGGUUCCUCAUGAGGGUGCUGGACUCCUACGGCGACGACUACCGGGCCAGCCAGUUCACCAUCUUACUGGAGGUGAGCAGCGGGGCUGAGGAGAUGGGAGGGGAGACGGCGGCUGGAGCACCUGGAGGCCACAGGGACCCAGGAACGCUGGGACUUUCUGGGGUGCACCAGGAGGCUGUCUGGCCCCAGAGUGCAGGAAUGGUGGGGCCCAAGAGCCUUCCCCCGACCCAGGCCCACUCACACGGAGCUUUUCUCCCCCCCCAGAUAAAGGUGGAGGAAGACUUUGGCUUCGAAGCGGACGAGGCCCUGGACUCAAGUUGGGUUCCUCAGGGGCCAGACAAGCUGCUGCCCUACCCCACCCUAGCCAGCCCCCCCUUUGACUGACCCCCCAAUAAACAGACCCCAUGCUCUCCUCAGCCA